AUGUCAGACGUCGUUGGCCAGCAGCCGGGACCCACCGUGCUACCGGUGGUGCACUCGUCUUCUAAGCUAGAAUAUGUGAAGGACCGUGUUUCCAGUAUCAAGCACAAGCUGUCAACGAAAGACGGGUGGAUUGGGGAUUAUGAUUAUGCAUGGCUAUGCACACCUACUCUUCCUUUCCUUAGGAACAAGACGAGCCCACCUCCGUUCUAUGCCCUCGAUGACGAUCUUCCUCUUAUACUUGCCAUCUCUAGCGGAUUGCAGCAUGCCCUCGCCAUGCUUGCGGGUUUAAUCACACCUCCUAUCAUUUUCGCUUCUGCUCUCAAUCUGGAUGUCGCCACUUCGGCUUACAUGAUUUCAGCUUCUCUCAUUGGUUGUGGCAUCCUGAGCCUUGUGCAAAUGUCCCGCAUUCGCCUGUUUAAAGGAUACUAUCUUGGGACAGGGCUUAUCACGGUUGUUGGAACGAGUUUUGCUACCUUAAGCACAGCAAGCGCGAUCUUCAAUGCAAUGUACAAGGAUGGGACAUGCCCUUCAACCACAGCAGCUGAUGGGUCCAUUGUUCAAGGGGCGUGUCCUGAUGCUUAUGGCAAAGUGCUGGGAACUUCUUUGAUUUGUUCCUUCCUCGAAAUUGGGAUGUCCUUCUGCUCUCCAAGGCUGCUUAAACGUCUUUUUCCUCCCCUUGUAACUGGAUCUGUCAUUCUAUUGAUCGGAGCAUCCCUCAUCGGCUCAUCUGGUGUUCCAAAUUGGGGUGGGGGUUCAAAUGACUGUCAAAAUCGUCCAACGUCUGGAAUUUUCGAACUAUGCCCAACCAUAUUCGCUCCCAGACCACUACCAUGGGGAUCGCCUGAAUUCAUAGGGCUCGGCUUCCUGUCGUUUGUCGCGAUCAUUCUUACGGAGAUAUUUGGCUCUCCCUUCUUGAAGAAUAUCGGUAUCAUUGUAGGGCUGGCUGUAGGGUGUAUCGUUGCUGGUGCAACCGGGUACAUCGACGGUUCGACAAUCAAGUCCUCUCCUGCUAUCACAUUCCUGUGGGUGCACACAUUUAAGAUCAGUGUCUACCCUCCAGCUAUCUUGCCUAUGCUGGCUGUAUACGUGUCUCUAGCAAUGGAAGCCAUUGGCGACAUUACAGCCUCAGCAGAAGUAUCCCGCCAGCCAGUCGUCGGUGACGUGUUCGACUCUCGAAUCCAGGGAGGCAUCCUCAGCGACGGGAUCGGUGGCUUCUUGUCUGCCCUCUUCACCGUGACCCCUCUAUCCGUCUUCGCACAGAACAACGGGGUUAUCGCUAUCACUCGGUGCGCAAAUCGCGGUGCAGGGCGAUGGUGUUGCGCAUUCCUUAUCCUGUUCGGUGUACUGGGCAAGAUCUCUGGCGUCUUCCUCGCCAUUCCGAACCCCGUCCUUGGAGGAGUGACGACGUUCUUAUUCGCAAGCGUUGCUGUGUCCGGAAUCAGGGUCCUUGGGUAUGUUAAGUUCACGAGAAGGGAGCGGUUCGUCCUUGGUGCAGCUUUGGCGUUUGGAUUUGGAAACCUCCUCAAGCCGGACAUAUUCACGCAUCUGUUUGAUGGAGUUAAGAACCCCAAUUCGGGAUUGCAGGGGUUGUUUGAUUCGAUUACGAUUGUGCUUAGCACCCCUUUCCUGGCUGGAGGUGUUGUGGCCGCUGUGCUCAACCUUAUUUUGCCGCAGGAGCAAGAAGAGAUUGUUCCUCGUGAAGGGUCAGUGGAUCAGGUCGAUGUGGAGUCACAAGAGGACGAGAAGAGGCUCUAA